AUGAAAUUCAGGCGGCCGCAUUUUGGGGUAGGCGAUAAAGCCAAGGCGCAUUCCCUCACAGGUCCCACCAACCUCGUGAGCAUCGUUGGCCAUGUCCCUGCACCGGCCGAGGCGCCUGCUUUGCCUGUCCAGCCGACGCCCUCGUUGACGGAGUUGGAUGGGCAGGUCGAUGCUAUGCUCGCAGAGAUGCGCUUCUCUAGUGCGGUCCCUAUCAAUGCGUGGAUCCGCCGCGCAGAUACACUCAAGCGCCAAGCUGAUCAGCACCAUAUCGCAGGUGAUUUGGCUCGCCAAUACGUUUGGAUCCUAGGAGAAUGGCUCCCGUUUGCGCACAAGGGGUGGCGCACAUUGGACGACGAGAAUGCCCAAACCAUUCAAAGCAUGGUCACACUCACGCGUGAGGCGCUCACGGACGACGCCUCCCCGCCGAUCUCCGCCACGGGCCGUUCCUCGCGGCAGGAAGCACCACGUCGCUCCUCGCUCCGCAGUAGCCGCCCUACGUCGCUCACACAGACACCUGGGCGCCCGCCUGCUAAGCACGUCUCCUUUGUCUCGGACGACGAUGCGUCGUCCAUUUCUCCUCGUUCGAGCAUAUCGAUUACGCCGCAGCCCCUGCGUGCUGUGCACGUCCCACGCCGCGAGCCAUCGAUUGCCUCGUCCCAUUCUUCCUCGUCCUCGUCCUCGUCCUCUCUGCGUGUGGAUCCUGUGCCUACAUACGCCUCGCCACCAGCGCCGGCACCAGCGGCUCGGACACACCCAGCGCCCGUCGCUGUACACAUGCAGGCGUUAUCGCUCACAGCCGAGCCGAAUUUGCACGUCAUGGCGUCCCGCCGUGCCGCUGAGCCGCCCCCACCCGUGGACCCUUCGCUGCGAGGCGCUCGGCCCGCCACGCCCAAGCCACGCACGCGCCCAUCUCCGCCGUCCGACGUCUCGGCGUCGCAAGAAGAGCAUCCACCGCCCCGGGUACACAGCCGCGCCUCAACACGCCCUUCGCAACUGCGAUCCACACCAUCGCGUCGCUUCUUGACAGCUGAGCCGCUGGUGACGAUGGUCGUAGCCAAGCCACCCAGCUCUGAAACGCCUACAUCGGCCCCGCCACGUGUAAGCGUCGACGAUGCCAUGGCUACACACAUGUCGGAGCAUCAGCAGCAGCAAGGCUAUGUGCCUACGGACCAUGCGGAAUCGCGCUCCUUGGAGGCUGUAGGUCGUAUCCUUCUCAAGGCGCCCGGCACGAUGAACAAGCUGGCCCUGCGUGCAGCGGCCGCGACCAUGCUACGCAAGGCGCCGGCCUCGCAUGCAUGGCCUGCCCGCCCUUCUUCUUCCAGCGACGCAGGAUGGGGAGCCGCCCCCCCUUCGCCGCCACAUGCUGUGCCGACGACGACGUGGACGCGGCGCGUAUCCUCGUCCUCCGACUUGCAUGUCUUGGCCACAGGCCGACGGCCGUCCUCGCCGCCGAAGACGGAAGCUCAGCAGCCUCUGCGUCCCAUUGUCCUCCCUGCCAUCGUCGCGACCAAGUUCCUGGCCCUUGCGGAGGCUCAUACCCGUGCCGAUAUCGAGACAAUUGGCAUUCUUCUCGGCCGUGGCGAAGGUACAUUGCAUGUCACGCACCUUCUUCUCCCGCCGCAGCAUGGGACCAGUGUGAGCUGCGUAGCCCAUGGCGAAGAGACCAUCUUGGCAUACCAACUGGACAACGAUCUCAUGACCCUAGGCUGGAUUCACACACACCCUACACAGACGUGCUUCUUAUCGUCGUUGGACCUACACACGCAUGCGAGUUUCCAAGCGCUUUUGCCCGAAGCCAUUGCGGUGGUGUGUGCGCCAUCGAAGCAGCCGUCGUUGGGAGUCUUCCGACUCACCAACCCACCUGGCCUGCAGUUUGUUUUGCACUGCAACGACCCGGCUCCCUUCCAUCCGCAUGUGGUGCCUGGCGAUCCUCAGCAUACCUUGCCACUGUACACGGAUGUGGCCGCAUCGCAUGUACAGUGGUCCGAGGAGGCGCCACUACGUAUUCUUGACUGGCGUCAUAAAGCGGCGUAG